AUGAAUUAUAUUCAACGUUCGUUUCAUCCGACCACCGUACGAGAAAAUGUUUCCUUACCAUCGCAAACGGUGAAAGCAUCAUCAUCAUCAUCAUCUUUGCAUAAUGGCGUACGUUUCAAUGAUUUAAUACCAACAACGCAGCCUUGUGAUGAUCGAGAAAAAUAUCUCACUGCGAAAUAUCCUCAACAGCAAAUGCAAUUGAUACGUAAGCGUUUAAAAAUUGAAUUCUGGCUUGAUGAUGAAUUACGAAUGCUUUACAAUAUCAAGGAUGAUUCGGAUGAAGACCAUAACCACUGUCCGGGUGAUUUGAUCGAUUCUCUUUUAGAUAUCGACGAUGAAUUUGAACGACGCGAAUUUUUAGUCGAGAAACUAAGAAAUGUCAAACAAACUCGUUCGCUAUUAAUGGAUUUCAUUGACGAAUUGUUACAUCGUGUAAAAAUGUUGUAA